UGUCAAGUUGCUAUACUGCCAAAGGUAGUACAGCGAUGGUACCACACCUAUCGCCAUCAAAGAUCCAGCUUAUAUGCUCUAGCUCAGCCACAAGCGGCAUGGCUUAUGUGAGGCUAACAAAGCGUCACGUGCAAGAACUGCGAUGCCCAAUCCUCGAGUCUGAUCAAUGACAGCACCUUCAACCGGCAUUUGACACUUUCGGUGAUUGCGGUCCUUAGAAGGAUCCGACCUCUCAAAGGAACUGUUCUUAUGUUGACAGAUCGGCUUUGUGUCAAGUACGGGCAACACAUAGACUUAUCGGAGGCAGUGACCAUGCGUUUCAUCUCACAGAAUACAUACAUCCCAGUCCCCAAGAUCUUUUGCGCCUUCACACAUAAAGGUUGUUCUUACAUCGUGAUGGAAAGGAUCAAAGGAGACAUGAUUGGCAUCGGCUGGGUCAAUCGAAGCGAAGAAUCAAAGACCAAGCUUCUUACGCAACUGAAGAACAUGGUUCACGAGAUGCAAGAACUUCGGCCUCCAGAAGGUAUAGGGGUCUCUUCUGUUAGUGGAGGACCUCUGUUCGAUUGCCGUUUGCCGGGCGCUUCUUUACGUUUUGGGCCCUUUCCCAGUGUCCAGAGCUUCCAUCGACAUUUACGAGGCGGCAUGGAUUUUGACCCGGGACUUGACUGCGAAAUUAAAGAAUUGAUUCGACAACACAAUCGUGGUUGGCCUAUCGUGUUCACUCAUGGCGAUCUCAGCAGCUUGAAUAUCCUUGUCCGCGGUGAUGAUAUUGUUGGCAUCAUUGACUGGGAAACGGCCGGUUGGUACCCGUCAUACUGGGAAUAUACGACAGCUUGCCAAGUCAACCCCCAGAAUUCUUUCUGGAUCAACGAAAUUGACAAAUUUCUCACGCCCCUACCAGACGAACUAAGGAUGGAGAAAGCUCGCCAAAAAUACUUUGGACAUAUUUAAGAAUCAAUAUAUACAACGCUUAUUAUACUUUAGAUUAUGAUUUCCUUGCGCUCGACCAAGUCGUAUGUCGGGGCUUUGGCCAUAUCAAAAUUCCCAUGCCCA